GUUUCUAACAUGCAGCAGCAGCAGAAGCAGCAGCAGCACCAGAAGGAGCAGCAGACUCAGCAGCAGCAGCAGCAGCAGCAGCAGCAGCAGCAGCAGCAGCAGCAGCAGCAGCAGCAGCAGCAGCAGCAGCAGCAGCAGCAGCAGCAGCAGCAGCAGCAGCAGCAGCAGCAGCAGCAGCAGCAGCAGCAGCAGCAGCAGCAGCAGCAGGAGCAGCAGCAGCAGCAGCAGCAGCAGCAGCAGCAGCAGCAGCAGCAGCAGCAGUAUCUACAGCCAUCCCCAUCCUCCCCUCCUCUUUGAGCCGCCGCGGGUCCACCCGCCGCCGCUC